AUGGCGAAGGAUGUUAGCCAUCGGAUCGAUGACCCUAGAGAACAAGCGGCUCUAGUUGAUUGUGUGGAGUUAAUGGAGCUUUCCGUGGGAAGAAUCAAAGACUCAAUAGUUGCUCUUGAAAGUGUUAUAUUCAAUCCUCAUGAAAAUGCACAUGCAAGGCUUAGGAGCGUGCUUGCGAACUAUCAUGCAUGCUUAGAUGGGCUAAAUGGUUCUGCCAGGUCCACAAUGGAGCCAGGCCUCAAUGACUUGAUAAUGAGGCUAAAUUCUGAAAACCGAAAAGUUAUGGAGAAUUUGCCAAAGGACAUUAAGACUGAAGGUGUUGUCGCUGAAGAUAGAAGGGGUAAGUACAAGACAUUUGUGGUACAGCACCCAAAUGAUGGUGAGACUGGAUAUGUUAUUUAUGUGCAAAACGAGGCAUAA